AUGGCUGGUGAAUUGGACAACAAGGUCUUCCGGGCCACUACUACGGCUCCUGUCAACAUUGCCGUAAUCAAAUACUGGGGAAAGAGAGACCCUAGCUUGAACUUGCCUACCAACUCCUCGCUCUCUGUCACGCUGUCUCAGAAGUCGCUGCGUACUCUCACUACUGCUUCCUGCGCUGCCACCUACCCCGCCGACGAGCUUAUUCUGAACGGCAAGCCUCAAGAAAUCCAGUCCUCGAAGCGAACUCUUGCCUGCCUCGCGAGCCUGCGUGCUCACCGCCAGGCUGUCGAAGAUGCUGACUCCUCCCUCCCGAAACUCUCAACUCUUUCUCUCAGAAUCGUCUCUGAGAACAACUUCCCUACGGCCGCUGGUCUCGCAAGUUCUGCGGCCGGUUUUGCGGCGCUCGUCCGCGCUGUGGCAGAUCUCUACCAAUUGCCCCAAUCUCCUCGGGACCUCAGCCGUAUUGCUCGUCAGGGAUCUGGCUCUGCUUGUCGGUCGUUGAUGGGCGGAUACGUGGCCUGGCGCGCAGGUGAACUCGCUGAUGGCAGUGACAGUUUGGCGGAGGAGGUUGCUCCCGCCUCGCAUUGGCCUGAGAUGCGUGCGUUGGUUUUGGUCGUCAGCGCGGAUAAGAAGGACGUCCCCAGCACUGAGGGUAUGCAGACAACUGUCGCUACUUCUAACCUGUUCGAGACUCGGGCGAAGACCGUUGUUCCUGAACGCAUGGCUGCCAUUGAGACGGCUAUCCAGAACCGGGACUUCCCCGCCUUUGCUGAGAUCACUAUGCGUGACUCGAAUGGAUUUCACGCCACUUGCCUGGACUCGUGGCCGCCAAUUUUCUACAUGAACGACGUUUCUCGCGCUGCUGUCCGCCUUGUGCACGACAUCAACCGCGCCGUGGGCCAGACUGUGUGUGCAUACACUUUCGAUGCAGGCCCGAAUGCUGUCAUCUACUACCUCGAGAAGGACACUGAACUUGUUGCCGGUACCGUUAAGUCUAUCCUCGGCGCUAGUGCUGAGGGCUGGGACGGCCCGUUCAACGAGCCCUUGAAGGACGUCCCCGCAGGUGUGGCUCUUGACAAGCUGGACUCCAGAGCCAUCGAGGGAAUUAAGGAUGGCGUCAGCCGGGUGAUUCUGACUGGUGUUGGGGAGGGCCCCAUCAGCGUGGAUGAACACCUUGUCAGCGAGACGGGUGAUAUCAUCUCCCAAUGA